AUGAUUGAUGGGGUGGUUAAUUGGGGAAUCCUAUGGCCUGCAACGCAGUCUGGUGUCAAUGAAACUAUUCCACACAAUGACGACGAAGAAGCCUUUAUGGUCACAGAUGACACUGAGCAUACUCAUGAUGCGCCAUUUUGCCGACGCAGAAGGCGGCGCCGUGGACAGACGAUACUGCCGCAUCAUUCCAAACCUGGUACCUCGAGUCAAAGCAGCGAUUUGCCUUCCCACUCUGUGAAAAGCCCGUCUAGCGUUUCUGUUUCUACAGGCCCGAUUAAUCCAAAUACUGAGACUUGUAACAAUCAGAAUUCUUCUUAUCCUUCCUUCUUAAAUGCAAUGUGUCCUCCAGCCUCCGAACCUCCUAAGCCCUCUGGCCUGGACGUGGGUGAUGUAAAGAUCCAGGUGGGCAGAUUCGCGCCUUUUCUUUGUAAAGAAUUCUUCUUCCAGGAAAACUGA